AUGACAAAGCACUGGGGGGGACAGAGGCUGUUGGCACUAAACGCCCUCUCCUACCUGCGCUUUCCAAGCCUGGCUAAUCACCACGACCAUCAACUUGACUCGACCGACAAUGUGUACCAGUGGUCUUCUCAAAGUAACAUAGCGAGGAGAUCUCCAACCCAGCACUGGGAAUACAGUCAAGGCCAGGAGCCAGUUCAAAAGUCUCUUUGGCACGAGAAUCCUCUCCGACAGGAGAAGCCUGUCAAAGUCCGCUUCACAAAGGUCAGGGCGCCUAUGGAUAAAGUAAUGCCGCCCGAUGACCACCGCCGGCCUGCGCGGCCCUAUUUACCGACACAGCCUCAGCUCAAAGAUGGACAGUUCAAGGAAUCCGAAGCUACAGCCAGAGAGUCGUGGGACCGGGCGAAGAACGGAACUGUUGGCAGAAAAAAGAAUUAUCAACGCUACCCUAAACCACCGUACUCAUAUCUUGCAAUGAUUGCAAUGGUCAUCCAAAACUCCCCAGAAAAGAAAUUGACGCUAUCUGAGAUCCUGAAGGAGAUUGGAACUCUUUUUCCAUUUUUCAAAGGGAAUUACAAGGGCUGGCGGGACUCAGUUCGACACAACCUCUCCUCCUACGACUGCUUUGUGAAGGUGCUGAAGGACCCAGGGAAGCCCCAGGGCAAGGGCAACUUCUGGGCCGUGGAGGUGAGCCGCGUGCCCGUGGAGCUGCUCAAGAGGCAGAACACGGCCGUGUCCCGCCAGGACGAGACAGUCUUCGCCCAGGACCUGGCCCCUUACAUCCUGCAGGGCCACCCCUACAAGCCUGACGAGGAACCCCACCCAGCAGUGGUCACCACCCUGCCCCCCCUCCCCACCAGGCACCCUUCCCUCCCCCUGGAGGACCCAUACAGACCCAAGCUGGACUCUUCCUUCGCCAUCGACUCACUGCUCCACAGCCUGAGGCCCACCAGUGCAAGCGGGGAGCCCAGUCGGCCAAGAGACCCGUGGGGGAUGGAACCCCCUCGGCCCUCCCCUCCCUUGCAUCCCAGCUACUUUUCAUCCACCCGCAGCGCCUCCGCCAGCUCCGCCAGCCCGGCGUCCUCAUCCUCUGACGAGGACUGGCGCGGGGCAUUGCAGGGCGGGAAGCGCCCCCCCGAGGGAGAGACGGGCUCGGACGGCUACGAGGACUGCCGCGGCCCCCCGCACAAGGCCACCCGGCGAGGCUCCGCCGCUCCUUGGGAGCUCCCCACCUCGUACGCCAAGUACGCCCCGCCCAACGCCGUGGCUCCUCCCAGCAUGCGUUUCCACGCGGGGCCGCUGAUGCCGCUGGGGAGCCUGCCUCUCUACGGCUACGGAGGGGCACCUGUCGCACAAGGCCACUUUGUAGGCCACGCCUACUGGCCCAUCCUGCCCAGUGGGCAUGUCUCCCUCCAGGCCCCGCCUCUCAUUAUGGACCUGGACAGCAUGUUGCAGUCGGUUCCGCCCAAUAAGAGUGUGUUUGACUUGAUGGGUCCUCAGGGCCCCCACCAGCCCCCGGAUCAGUACGGUCUGCAGGGGGGCGGGCCACUAAGCCGCUACCCCCAGUACUGA